UCUCCCUAUUGUCCUCUUCCCACUGCACACCACUGCACUGGAAAAACUCAGCCAUGAGUGUUGAGUAUGACAACGAGCAAUAUAAGUUGUUCCUGGAAUUAUUCAAUGACACCUACGACACGACUGACCCGAGCUACGUGGUCAGUAAUCCCGUCCAGCUCUGUGCCAAGAAGACUCUCAACCAGUUCGGUGCGAGAUUCAUCCCAGUUUUCUACUAUACCAACUUCCUCCUUAGUUACCUUGGCAAUGGGCUUGUCCUCUUUAUCAUCUACAAGUACGAGAAGCUCAACACCGUGACAAACAUCUUCCUCCUGAACUUGGUCCUCUCCAACAUUCUCUUUGCCUCCAGUCUCCCCUUCUGGGCGACAUACCAUCAGUCUGAGUGGAUUUUUGGCACGCCUCUGUGUAAGAUGGUCAGCAGCGCCUACUUCAUCGGCUUCUACAGCUCCAUCCUCUUCCUCACACUUAUGACCUUUGACCGAUACCUUGCGGUGGUGCAUGCAGUGGCAGCUGCUAGGAGCAGGAAAAAGGCAUAUGCCAUCGUCUCAUCAGUGAUAGUUUGGAUAAUCAGUAUUGUAGCUAGUAUGAAAGAGCUCGUUUUCCAAAACGUGUGGAAGAGUCCCUUCAAUGGACUGAUGUGUGAAGAGUCGGGAUACUCUGAGAAAACCAUGGAGCGCUGGCGUCUGUUCAGUUACUACCAACAAUUCCUGGUCUUUUUCCUCCUCCCUCUGUUCAUGGUGAUGUACUGCUACAUCAGCAUCACCGUCCGCAUCCUUUCCACCCGCAUGAAGGAGAAGUGCCGCGCCAUCAAGCUCAUAUUUGUCAUUAUCUUCACCUUCUUUGUCUGCUGGACGCCCUACAAUAUCGUCAUCCUCCUUCGAGCUGUUGAGAUCUCCAGCACCAGUGAAGACUCAUGUUCUGAUGCUGACACCUUGGACUAUGCACUGUAUGUGACCCGGAACAUCGCCUAUUUGUAUUGUUGCAUCAGCCCUGUGUUUUACACGUUUGUGGGGAAAAAGUUCCAGAGCCACUUCAGACGGCUGAUGGCCAAGAAGAUCCCCUGCCUGAAGAGACACAUUAGCUUCAGCAGCCAGAGCACCAGAUCCACCUCACAGAAGACAGCACACUCUGCUUAUGAGUACUAGACACACAGACACGCGGACGCUUACACACACACAGGUAUAAAUGAUCCGCAUUGAAAUAAAAAGCAUGUUGUGCUUCAACAAAAGUGAGUGAGGCAAGAUGAAACCGACUCUUUAUCUGUUUUAGCUCAUUACACAGUGAAAGAGUUCUGUUUACUUAUGUUCUUCAGUUGGACUGGAAAACCAAAUUUCACCCCAAUGCUGUAAAAUCUCAUAAUCAGUUAUAAACAAUCAAAUCUUUUAUCAUUAAGUUCUUUUUUAUCAUUCAAGUUUGCCAUUUUCAGACUGCUUCACUUAAAUCAUCCUAGUUCUCACAUUAAAAUGUUUACCUUUUUUAUCAAACUUUUAAUGUAUUAACAUUCUCUAGAAAUGCUUCUUAUUUGAAAUAGGUUUUAUGAUAGGCUUGUGUCUUUUUUUCAUUUAGCGGACGCUUUUAUCCAAAGCGACUUACAAUUGCUAUACAUGUCAGGUCGCACGCCUCUGGACCAACUAGGGGUUAAGUGUCCUGCUCAGGGACACAAUGGGGGAUUGAACCCGGGUCUCUCACGCCAAAGGUAUAGUCUUAUCCAUUGCGCCAUUACCACCCCGUAUGUAGCUAUUCUAUAUCUUUCUUAUUGUCAACUAAUCCCAUGAAUAGACCACAAUCCACAAUGGUACAUCUCUCAAUAAGUUCUGGCUCUGUACCCAACAGUCACUUUCAGUUCCCAAGCCUAUUGGUUCCUGCUGAAGACAUAUCUAUUUAUGUCUAUGUUAUAUAUAAGACAAAUACAUUGUGUAAUUUUUCAAAAGGUUUAAGAGUACCCAGCCUUGAGGCAGACCUCGAGCAGCCCAGUGAAGAACAAAGAAAGAAUUUAGCAUGAAGUCAUUGUUCAAGGUUUAUUUUUUUUGAGUAACUAUAAGUAGUGCAGGUUUAUAUGUAUGGCUUAAAUAUUUUUGUAUCAGCUUCAGACCUGCUCCUGGUCUGGUCCUUAUGCUGAGUAUUCCAGUCUUGUUGAUUCAAUGUUGGAUGCAAAGUGUAUGUUUGUAGAUGCAUUUUUACACAUCUUGUCCAAGCUUUUAAAUAAACCUUCCAAUAAAAUACCAAUCAGAUUGUU